AUGCGAUCAAAUCUUGAUAAAUCUAGCUAUGUCACCAGAUUACUAGAAAGUAAAUUAGGCUAUGUAAACCAAACUAAUAUAGACAGAGAGGCUGCCAGGUAUAAUGUCAUGUUGAGUGUCUAG